AUGGAAGUUUUCGCAAGAGUGGUGGGGGUUUUUUAAUUUCGAAAUUUCCCCCUAAUCUGAGCAAUCAUUCAGAAUCCUCUAUCAUUUGGAACAAGUUUCGUCGUUUUCAUUGAUCGUCGCGAUUCAAUUUUUCCCUAUGAAAUCGACAUGAUUAUUUUGUGUAAAUUUGUUUUCUUGAAAUCAAAAAUCAUUCCAAGAUUUCCAGCCAUAGCUUGCGGAUGUUGUGGAGUUACAAUGUAUACUUCAACAAUUCAUUUCAUUUUUCGAUAUUGGGCGAUUGAAAGGUGAAGUUCACCUUUUUUUCCACUUUUUUUCAUUAUAUAAAAAGUUUCAGAAAAGGAAGGCUGAACUAUUUCAAAGGUUAUUGGAUGAUUUUCUGGUUAUCCGUUCCAAUUUUCAUGGGGGCUCUUUGGACUUUUGUUAUCUAUUUUUGUAUGCAAUUAGAUCAAACAGCAAUAGACUACAUUAGGUAAGAGAAAAUUAAUGAUAAUUCAGAAACAAUAAAAAAUUCCAGCCCGAGUUUGAUGAACUCUUAUGGUCUUGAAAUCAGUGAUACUGCGAUCGUUGGAGCUUAUUUCUAUUCUCCAAACAAAAUACAAUUUUAUAAAAAUUUGUGUGGAAUGUCAGUUUUAACAUUGACAAUGGUCUUAUCGAUUAGUAUUAUGGGUUAUUGUGGAAUUCGGAUUUUUCGAAAAGUUCGGAAGAUCUACAAAAAAGGAGGGGCUCGAGGAACCAAAAAGUUGCAAGCUCAACUCUACAAAGCGCUAGUUGCUCAGGUUAGACUUUGUACCCAAUCGGGAUUUGAUUGAUUCUGGAUUUCAGACAAUUCUCCCGCUGUUUCUUGUUUUUAUACCAAUCGGCUGUGUUUUUUAUUUUCCAUUGAUUUUAAUUGACAUUGGAAUUUAUAGUCAAAUCCCGAAUGUUACAGUAGCGAUCUACCCAAUUUUUGAGCCACUUCCUUCUCUAAUAAUCAUCGAUGAAUAUCGAAUCGGGUUUUGGAAUAUGUUGAAACUCAGGUUUAUUCGGGAUAAUCAAGUGGAACCUGAGAGGCGGACGGUUUCAGUUUCUUAUGAAUUACAGAGGAGAGUGAAUGAAGAAUCAAGAACCUAA